CGGCAACGGGCUGAGGCGGCGUAGAAGGACGGUGGCAAUGGAAGACCUGGGGGAAAACACCACUGUUCUGUCUUCCCUGAGAUCACUGAACAACUUCAUUUCUCAGCGAGUGGAGGGUGGGCCUGGGCUGGAUGUCUGCGCCUCAGUACCGGGCUCUCUGCAGAUGCAGUACCAGCAGAGCAUGCAGCUGGAGGAGCGAGCAGAGCAGAUCCGCUCCCAGUCGCACCUCAUCCAGGUGGAGCGGGAGAAGAUGCAGAUGGAGCUGAGCCACAAGCGGGCCCGUGUGGAGCUGGAGCGCGCAGCCACCACCAGUGCCCGGAACUACGAGCGCGAGGCUGACCGAAACCAGGAACUACUGACGCGCAUCCGGCAGCUGCAAGAGCGUGAGGCUGAGGCGGCGGAGAAGAUGAAGGAGCAGCUGGAGCGCAACCGGUCGUGCCGGCAGAGCUUGGAUGCCGCCAACAAGAAACUGCGGGAGAAGGAGGACGGCCUGGCCGAGGCCAACGAGACCAUCAGCAUGUUGAAGGGCAGGAUCUCAGAGCUACAGUGGAGCACGAUGAACCAGGAGAUGCAGGUGAAGGGCCUGGAGUCCGAGAAGCAGGAACUGAGGGAGCAGCUGGAUGCGCAGCACAGAAAAUGGCAGGAAGCAAAUCAGAAGAUUCAAGAACUGCAGGCCAGCCAGGAAGUGAGAGUGGAGCAUGAGCAGAAGAUCAAGGACUUGGAACAGAAGCUGUGCCUGCAGGAGCAGGAUGCUGCCGUCGUGAAGAACAUGAAGUCGGAGCUGGUGCGGCUCCCCAAGGUGGAGCGGGAGCUGAGGCAGCUGCGGGAGGAGAAUGCUCGCCUACGGGAGAUUAGAGAGACCCACGGGCUGCUCCAGGAGGAGCUGGAAGGGCUGCAGAGGCGGCUGGGGAGGCAGGAGAAGCUGCAGGAGGAGCUGGUCAGCCUAGAGCUGGAGAAGGAGAGGCUGCUGGGGAAGCUGCAGAGCUGGGAGAGGCUGGACCAGACCACAGGCUUGCACAUCAGGACCCCAGACGACCUUUCCAGAUUUGUUGUGGAACUACAGCAGAGAGAGCUUGCCCUGAAGGAGAAGAACAGCUCCAUCACCAGCAGCGCCCGUGAGCUGGAGAAGGCACGGCAGCAGCUUCAGGACGAGGUCCGCCAGGUGGGCAGCCAGCUGCUGGAGGAGCGCAAGCGGCGUGAGACAAGCGAGGCCCAGGCUCGGAGGCUGCAGAAGCGUGUGCUACUGCUGACCAAGGAGCGAGAUGGCAUGCGGGCCAUCCUGGGUUCCUACGACAGCGAGCUGACACCAGCUGAGUACUCACCGCAGCUGACGCGCCGCAUCCGCGAGGCUGAGGACAUGGUGCAGAAGGUGCAUGCCCACAGCUCCGAGGUUGAGGCUCAGCUGUCACAGGCCCUGGAGGAUCUGGGAGACCAGAAGCAGAGAGCGGACAUGCUGGAAAUGGAGCUGAAGCUUCUGAAGUCUCAGGCAGAUCCUACUGACCAGAGCUUCUUGUUCUCCAAGGAGGAGGUGGACACGCUCAGAUUAAAGAUCGAGGAGCUGGAGGGGGAGCGGAGUCGUCUGGAGAAAGAGAAGAAGACGCUCGAGAUGCAGCUGGAGAAGCUCACCCUGCAGGGCGACUACAACCAGAGCCGGACCAAGGUGCUGCACCUGCGCAUGAACCCAGCCAGUGCGGCCCGGCAGCGGCUCCGUGAGGACCAGGUGCAGCUGCAGGGGGAGUGUGAGCGACUGCGUGAGCUGGUGCACGCCCUGGAGCAGGGCAGCGCUGUCCCUGCCGACCUCGAAGGCACUGCGGGGCUGCCAUCUGCCAAGGAGGUGACAGAGCUGAAGAAACAGGUGGAAAGCGCCGAGCUGAAAAACCAGAGGCUGAAGGAGGUUUUCCAGACCAAGAUCCAGGAGUUCCGGAAAGUCUGCUACACACUCACGGGCUACCAGAUCGACAUCACCACCGAGAACCAGUACCGGCUGACGUCCAUGUACGCUGAGCACAAAGCUGACUGCCUGCUCUUCAAGGCCACAGGACCCUCAGGGGCCAAGAUGCAGCUGUUGGAGACGGAGUUCUCCCGCACAGUUGGCGAACUCAUCGAGCUGCAUCUGCUGCGCCAGGACAGCAUCCCGGCCUUUCUCAGCUCACUCACCCUCGACCUCUUCAGCCGCCAGACCAUGGCCUAGCAGCAGCUAUGGGCUCCCACAGGACUGCUCAGCCCCCGGCCUUGGGAGGGGUAUUGGCAGCCAGAGAGGCCUGCCCGGCCUGUCCCUGUGCUCCCAGCCCCAGU